AUGUCGACACUGCAGCACUUCCAUCGCUUUCGCGACCUUCCCCGCGAGCUCCAACUCCACAUCUGGGAGCUUUACGAGUGCACACAGCCGCGUCGUCGGCACUAUUUCCGCAGGAUGGUGUAUUGGUCUGGCCAUCUGUACGCAUGCGCCGACCAAUACACAGACCGGCGCAUUGCCAACACCGCAAAUGCAGAUGAUCCGGAUCAGACUCAAGUUCCCGACGUAGCCAUCACUCCCAACACCAAGAUUCAGCUUCCGAGCAGCGGCAGUUGGUACCAGACUUAUGUUUCCGACUCUUUGCACACCAGCGCAGCAACAUUCGGUUCCAUCCAGACGCCCACGAGAAUGGACAGUCCUUUCUAUAUCUGGGCCAACUUCAAGAAUGACACGUUUUGUUUCGCUGCUAAUAACGGACUCGGCGGAGGCAAAAACUUCCUUCAAUACCUUGAGGGGCCGACCGGCCUGUUUCCCCCUGCCUCUGGACCCCACCAGUCACCAACAAUGUCUCAUUGGUUUUUCCGACUCCAGAGGCUUGUGCUCAUCAAGUCUACUGCCAUUCAAACACUGGGCCCCUUGGACCGACAAGUUCUUGGGGUGCAUCCCAGCCUCAGGGAACUUACCAUCGUCGCAGUGCACGACUAUUUCCGUUGCAGUCACCUUGCUCUCGGAACACAAAUACGACCCGACAACUUCAGCGUUACCGAGCGACUCCCCUUGAGAACGUUUGUAGCACUACGGAAGGCAGUGACGGAAUCAUGCGCCUGCGAUCGGCCGACGAAGUGUCUCGAUGGACUGGAACGGCUGAGGCGGGAUCUUGUCGACCUUUUUCAAACCCGAACAAACACCGCGCCUCCGGUCGAUGUUGGCAUCGAGGUGGAAAUUUACUGGGCUCAGUGA